CCGAUGGCUUGGCCACUACCGCUUCCUUUGCUCCUCUUCCUCCCCAAUUCUCCAGCGCAGCGCAGAGACACGGAGGAGCUCCGCACCCGGAGCGCGAAUUUGAAAGAGCCCCUCCGAUUCACCCUCUCCGCCUAUCGCGGUCUCUAGGGUUAGUGUUUCGUGCCCUUUUCCGCCUCCCGACGCGGCCGCAUCCAGCGCCCGCCAUGAGGGUCCACCCGGCCCCGCGGAAGCGCACCAUCGCCGUGCAGCGCUGCGCGGCCGCGGCUGGCGGGAAGAAGCUGCGGCGCCUGCCGCACAUAUUCGCGAAGGUGCUCGAGCUCCCCUUCGCGGCCGACGCGGACGUCUCCAUCGAGGAGGACGCCGCGGCGCUGCGCUUCGUGGUGGCCGCCGUCGACGGGUUCUCCCCCGCCGGCGCCCGCGCCCACGCCGUCGAGAUCCACCCGGGGGUCACCACGGUCGUCGUCCGGGACGUCUCCGUCGGGGCCGGCGGCGACGACGGCGCCGCCGCGUUCGAGCUCGACCGAUGGCGCUUCCGCCUCCCGCCCUGCACCCGACCCGCUAUGGCCACCGCGACCUACGCCGAGGGCGAGCUCGUCGUCACCGUCCCCAAGGGCGCUGUCCCUGAUGAUGCGGACGGCGACGGAGCCGCCGUCCUUGUCGGCGCCGGCGCCGAUGCCGAGAGCGUCCUCGUGCUUGUAUAGUAAAUUUAUGCCAGAACUCGACUAUUUUGCUGAUUCGCCUGUUUCUACUAAUAUUUAAUAUUUAUAUAUCAUGCGAGAUGAUGAUGAUAUGCUA